AUGCUGGAUCACCUGCAAUGCGUCCGCAUCAACCCUGCCCCUUUCAGGCCUCAGCCAAUCAGCAGCAGCAUGGAUGAAAGAGACAUACGCUUUGAAUUAGAGCGCCGGGCUUGUCAGAGUCUCAGAAAAGAUGCUCUCCCGGUGGCCGGGUUUCAGCUGGGCUCCGGCCAACCCCAGCGCAGCACACUUCGACUCGGGCGCAUGAACUCGGCAACCUGUCGCGCAGCUGUGCUCGCCGUGGCCUUGAACCAGAGUAGCUGGCCAGAAAAACGGAAACACCGAGUGCUCCAGCUGAAGUUGCAACAGAGAAAAACCAGAGAGGAACUGCUCAGUAAGGGGAUAAUGCCGGCACUUAAAACUUCAGCUGCCUUUAACGAGCAGAGACAGAGCUUGGAUCCAGCAAAGACUGGGGACUACCUCAAGAGGAAGAUUAGGAGUCAGCCAGAGAUCAGGAUGCACGUCUUAGGGGAUGCAUCUACGGGGCCGACACUCCAAGCCAAGCAGCUGCAGCUGAAGAGAGCUCGCCUGGCAGAUGAUUUAAACAAUAAGAUCGCCCACCGGCCGGGACCCAUGGAGCUGAUCCAGAAAAACAUUCUACCUGUGCACUCCAGGAUUAAGGAAGCCAUCAUAGAGACACAGUUUCCGAAGGUGUCAGGGGAGAACUCCUCGUGUGACGAGGACAGUAACGACAGUCUGUCUCCUGGACAGCCAAUAGGCCUGGACUAUCCUCUGGACGAACCCGGAGCUGUGCCCUCUCCAACAGAGAUACUGGCUGGAAGCAGCAUCCCAUCACCAAGCCAGGCCCUUCCACCCACUCUUCAUUUUCAACCGAUCUCUCGAUCCCUCUCUGCACUGAAGCUGACCAAUAGGACUGUGCAGAGGACAGGUGCUAACGCUGACAUCAAAUCCCAGCCGAAACCAAACUGUGAUCGUAUUUCCCAGAAACCCAAGAAAUCCAAGGACAACAAACCAAAGAUCAAGAAGUUGAAGUACCAUCAGUACAUCCCACCUGACCAGAAAGGAGAUAAAGAGCCUCCUCCCCAUCUGGACUCAUCGUACGCCAAGGUCCUCCAGCAGCAGCAGCUCUUCCUGCAGCUGCAGAUCCUCAGUCAGCAGCAGCAGCAGUUCAACUACCACACCAUCCUCCCAGCACCCUCCAAAGAUAAAAAACCGUCGUCCUCCUCCUCCGAUUCAACGUCCAUCUCAUCGCCUCCUCGACCUGCUGCUGCCCCGUCGCCGGGCCUCGCUGACCAGCUCCAUUACAUCUGUCUGAGUUCUGCGCUUUCGGGUGGGACCAAAGCAUCGGCGCAUCCGAAUCUGGACGGGAUGAAGGUUGCGGAAUUGAAGUCAGAACUGAAGCUGCGCAGCUUGCCCGUCUCGGGCACUAAAAACGACCUGAUCGAGAGGCUGAAGACCUACCAGGAGCUGAACCGGGGCGGAAACACUACCUCCUCUCCGACAGCAGGGGGUACCACAGGGUCAGGGCCUGAAGGGGGAGGCGGUUCCUCCAAAACAGCUGGAAGCGCGUUAGGAGGGUUCCAGCACCAGAAGGCGUCCUCUCUUAGUGCCAAUUCAGGUAGAGGUUUUUCUCCAACGGAAGCCGGUAACAACAACCCUAAACCCGGGACACCAGCUGCCCCGGGCCCAAAACACAUCAGCUUUAACGGCAACCUGCUGGAAGAACUGAUAGUUCCUCCUGUCAUCAAGGCCAACCUUCAUCCAUCUUCAGUGGCGGUUCGCAUCAAAGAGGAGCCCACGUGUUCCACCCAGGCACCUUGUCAGUUCUCUUUAAAGUCUGCCCCUCUUCAGAGACAAUGCCGGGCUCCUUCGGCUGCCCCCACGCCGAAAACCGCCGCGUCUCUGGUGACGGUUGACAAGGACAGAAUGCUGCAGGAGAAAGAUAAGCAGAUCGCCGAGCUCCUGAGGAGGCUGAGGCAGAAGCAGAGGCUGGUGGAGUCUCUGAAGAUGCAACUGGAGCUCGGAAACAGAGAGGCAGAUGGAGCUCAGGAGCCACCAGUUCCUGUACGAGUGAAAGAAGAACCGCCUGACCACCCGGCGCCUCCCACACAAGGGUCACCAGGUGGACAAGGCGUCGCCAAGCUAGCCAUCAAACAGGAAGCCGUGGAGACUGAGAUAGGUGGAGCUGAGCCUCCUGUCGGGUCCCCGGUCCUCCAAGGCCGGGGGCUGGCGGAGGCCGCGUGUCUGCAGCUCAGGCCCGUGCAGAAAGGCGUGCAGCAAAAACAGGAGCAGGCCUACGUCCACCAGCUGGCUCUGCGGCUGGCCCAGCAGCAGGCCAUGCAGACGCUGCUGCAGAAGCAGCGGUGCGGCGUGCAGGCGGCAGAGCCACAGCCUAAGAACAACCAGCAGAGACACAGGAAGGGGCAGAAGCCACAGCCCAGACAGCCCGAGCAGCACAGGCAGCAGCAGGCGCCGCCACGGCAACAAGAGCCGCCGCAGAGGCCCUGUCAGCAGCCACAGAUGAAACAGCAGCACCAGAUCCAGAGGCGGGCGCUGUCACCGUGGAAACGCGAGGCGCAGCAGCUACCGCCGCACAUCCGGAUGGUUCCUGUGUCUCAAACCGACCACAAACAGACCCUAACGACCAGUCACUCCACUCCCCCUUUGCCUGUCAAAAUCCCCAAAAGUGGCCUCAGAGCUGAAAGAGCCGACGCCUCAGAGGGAACAGCAACAAGUCACAUUGCACUGCAGAGACUCCAUUCUACCCCAUCCAAGCUCCCCAGCCUCUAUCCUGUUCAGGUUACCGGAGCAGAUAGCGGAAGCAAACAGCAUGUGGGAGUUUUAAAACGGCUAAACUCAAAGAACGAAGCUUUGGUGGAGCCCCAGCAGGGAGCAGCUCUCUGUUUGUCAGCACCACCCGGUCUGCAGCCCUUCUUCAGGGACCAGGGAUCUGCUCCCACCAGGAGGAAUACCUCCUCGACUCCUACUCAAACCGAGAUGUGUGCUGACCUGGAAGCCUUGUUGAGUCCUCUGUCUCCAGCUUCAGCCUCCCAGGCCAGUGACAGAGAUGCAGAGAAUCAAGAUGACUUCAUUGACAUCAUCCUACAAGCCGGGGGAAUGUCCACCUUUAGCCCCGCUCUUGACCCUUCUCAGGACCAUCUCAACCCAAUCUCCUUUGUUUCAUCUCCUCCGCCCUCACCACCCUAUCUUUUGCUGCCUUCCCCCAUUACUCCCAGCGGCAGUUUACCCCAGUCUUCCGGCUGUCCGCAGCCCGACCCAUGUCCUCAGGUCCCCACCUCAGGGAACAAACAACACCUCAGUCUCUCUACAAAUGGACGUCUGGAGGACUUUUUGGAAAGCACCACUGGGAAGCCUCUUCUUGGGGUGGAGCCCGGUGGCCUGAUAACUUUGAUCGACGACCUCCACAGUCAAUUGCUGUGCACGCCUAGCAUCCUGGACCACCCCCCGUCUCCCAUAGAUACCUUUGGAAUUGUGGGAGAGGGAGGGCAAGGGCUGGACAAUAGCGACUGGUUGGACCUGACCAUUGGAGAAAGGGAUGAGGAAACUCCUAUGCUGGACCCACUGGGCUCUCAAACGCCCCAUAGUGUCUUUUCCACAGACUUCCUGGAUAGCUCUGACCUGCACACACACUGGGGCUCCUGCCUUUAG